AUGUUGCUUACUAAAUUUUUUGAUCUGUUAUUCUCGAGCAGGAACCAAAGAACAUUCCGCCCUAAGAAAAGUGCACCAUCGGGCAGUAAGGGGGCACAGCUUAGAAAGCAUAUUGAUGCUACUUUAGGAAGUGGGAACUUGAGAGAAGCUGUGAGGUUACCACCCGGUGAAGAUAUAAACGAAUGGCUUGCCGUCAACACUGUCGAUUUUUUCAACCAGGUGAAUUUGCUUUAUGGCACUCUCACCGAGUUCUGUACUGCCGAAAACUGCCCUACAAUGACUGCUGGCCCCAAGUAUGAAUACAGAUGGGCAGAUGGCAUACAAAUCAAGAAACCAAUCGAAGUUUCAGCUCCUAAAUAUGUCGAGUAUUUGAUGGACUGGAUCGAAACCCAGUUAGACGACGAAUCUAUAUUUCCUCAAAAACUAGGGGCACCGUUUCCUUCGAAUUUCAGGGAUGUCGUGAAGACCAUAUUUAAACGCCUUUUCCGUGUUUAUGCGCAUAUAUACCAUUCUCAUUUUCAGAAGAUUGUGAGCCUUAAGGAGGAGGCCCAUUUAAACACCUGCUUCAAGCAUUUUAUUCUAUUUACCUGCGAAUUUUCCCUGAUCGACAAGAAAGAACUUGCUCCACUUCAAGAACUCAUAGAAUCCGUCGUCCCGUACUGA